AUGACUCGCAUGCUGACGCAAGAGCCUGGAUGGAAGAUCGAGCGGAAAGGCUCGGCCUUGCUGCUGAGGAGGGACAGCUCGCAACUGAAGAGCGGCCGGGUCUGUUUCCGCUGCGACGUCGAAGUUCGCGAAUUCGAGCGUGACGAGGAUUACACGAACGAGGCGGAAUCGGAGGCAGCUGCCAGUUCGCUGGCAAUGUGUGCCAGUUGCCUGGCGGCUCUCUGCGUGACCGUGAUUCUGCCAUGGUUGUUGAUCGGCGGUUAAACACGCCUCGGUGAACUCACGAUCUUGGGGGGGUGUUGGUCGACGGUGUAACCUCUGGUAACGGAAGUCGCGGAGGAAUCGUGGAAGAAUCGUCGAGGAGUCGAUCGGUUCCACGAUGCGUACAGCUGACAGCCUGUCGCGGAACGGUGUCUCGUCGGUGAUGAGAAGAGGAUCGAGUCGAGAUGAUCCGACGUGGCUUGGGACUGAGAGAGACGAGAAUCGAAAUGACUAGAGUUCCUAAAUGCUAGUUUGGUUUCGCGCGAGUAUUCAGAUUAAUCCGAGAAAGCGCGAUGGAGUUUCUCGAUCGUUCUCCUCGAGAGGGAAAGUGUCCUUAAAAGAGAACGAUUGCCUCUCCGUCUCGGAGGAGUCGCGACCUUACGUCUAUGCCUUUUGUUCCCGGAUUCGUGUCGUUUGCUUUGAGUUUCUAUCGCAGGUAGCGGGAUACGCGCGUCGAGGCAAAGACACGGUGGAUGGGCUCGCGGUUCGAGUAGAUUUCGUGAAAGUCGAGAGAAAACUGCGCGGUAUGGACGUUCUGCAUAGAUACGCGAAACGGGAAAAAGAGAAAAGUGGAGGAGCGGAGAAAGGAAGGGGACGAAGGAAGAAAAGAGAGGAAAACAUCAAAGGGAGAACGGUGUAUUCGAGCGUGCAUUAAACCUCCUUACUCGUUUGAUGGUAUCGACAAAUCCUCCAGCCUCUGAAACGGAGGCGACCCUGUGCCAAACGAGAGUGGUACUCGAGAUAUUCGCGGAAACCUUUCGUGAUUCGCAGCCCGCUUACUUUGCACACGCGUACACCCGCUCUUUUGUGAACGAUGCACUAGCUGCAUCGCUCUGAACGCCCGUGCAUUCAUGCGACCCUCUUUCUCCAGCUCUCUCUCUCUCUCUUUCUAUUCUUUCUCUCCUAUCGAUGUUCCGUGUAAUAACCGAAUCGCUGCGUCCCAUUGGGCCGGGGAAAAAAAUGUAAUCCACGAUACACACGCGACUUUAUGGCCUCGCGGAUCGUUCCGAGCGAUAAUCUUAAACGAGGCGACCGGCUCUCCCCUCGAUUUCGCCCUUCCCUUUCCGGUCUUCCCGAUCGGCCACAUAUUUUUUCGCCGCGCGGCCCUGCGCGAAGUAAAAGCUGGUAAAAGUUGCCAAGUUCUCCGCGCGAAGUCAGCAAAUGGAAAAGUUUCACCGUGUGGAAAUCGGCGAACCGACGGCGGAUUGAGAAAUCGGCCCAAGUUUCGAGCACGAGGACUGCCGAUGGCGUUACGUUCCGUUGCUCGCCGAGCGAUCUACCGGGAAAACGGAGAAUUAACGGGACGUCGAAUAAAUUUCGGACGCCAUCUUGUCACGCGACAGAAAAGUUCCCGCCGUCGACGCCGUGGCUUGAUUUUUCACCGGUGGAACGUACGCGAAUCGGAAAUCGAAAUACCGAUUUCCCGUUUACCUCGCGAACCCAAUUCCUCGCGCGAAGACCAACGAUGGGACUCCAUAGUCGAAGAACUCGCGCGAACCUUGAUGUCUCCUAUGGGUGAUCCGCGUGUGCGCUGAUUUGGAAUUUUGCCAGCUCGAAAUGGAAAGAGAGAGAAAAGGGGAGAGCGGGGAAAGUGUGCGAGAGGAAGCGAGAAAGAGUUGUAAAUAUAAAUCGAUGAUCGAUGGUGCGUGAGAGAGGUGUAUGUUCGGAGAAAACACGAAGCUACGGAGGUCCGAGAUAACGUGUAACCCUCCAUCAAACGAUUCCAAUGGAUCAGUGUAAAAUACUAUUUGUUUAUGUUUCUAAUAAAACCCCGAACGAGUUGU